AUGGUGCUGCUCGGCCCGUCCGGCUGCGGCAAGACCACGACGCUGCGCUGCAUUGCCGGCCUGGAGCAGCCGGAUAACGACGACGCCAUCUGGGUGAAGGGCCGCAAUAUCACCCGGCUGCAGCCCAAGGACCGCAACCUGGCGUUCGUGUUCCAGGACACGGCGCUGUUUCCGCACCUGAGCAUCCGGCGCAACAUCUCCUUCGGCCUGGACAUGCACAAGACCUACGGACGCGCUGAACGCCGCCGGCGGGUGCACGAGGUGGCCGAACUGCUGCACGUCGAAGAUCUUCUGGAACGCAAGCCGCACGAGGUGUCCGGCGGCCAGGCGCAGCGGGUGGCGCUGGGUAGAGCGAUCGUCAUGGAACCCGACGCCUUUCUGCUGGAUGAGCCCCUUGCCAACCUCGACGCCGCGCUGCGCGUGGAAAUGCGCACGGAAAUCAAGCGCAUUCAGAAACGUCUCGGUAUCUCGACGAUCUUCGUGACGCAUGAUCAGGAGGAGGCGUUGUCCCUCGGCGACGUCAUUGCCGUGAUGAAAGACGGCGAAGUUCAACAGGUUGGCACGCCGCACGACAUUUACCACCACCCGGCCAAUUUUUUCGUCGCCACCUUCAUUGGCUCGCCGCCGCUCAACUGCCUGCCGUGCCAGGUGCAGACGGACAACGGCACACUCAACCUCGCCUCUCGGGCAUUCCGGUUGCCUCUCGAAGCGGCCGACGGGACGGCGUCGUUGCGGCACCAGGGAGAGAUCAUGCUUGGUAUCCGCCCUGAGUUGAUCGCCAUCGCGCCCGAACGGCCGGACACGGUGGCAGCGCGGGUCUCCCUCAUCGAGCCCUUGGGUAGCCGUACGAUUUUAAUUCUGGAAGCGGGGGGCGUGGAGUUGCGGGCGCUGGUGCAAGGAGAAACGAGCGCCCUGCAUUUUGCCGACCGCCUCUGCGCGGCCAUCGACGCCAAAGGCAGUGCCGUCGUGGUGGGGCUUGAUCCGCGCCCGGAGAGCCUGCCGCCGCACCUGUUGGCCGAGUGCCGCGCCGAGUUGGGUGACAACGUCCAGGCCGUGGCGGAGGCGUUGUGGCGUUUCAAUCGCGGCAUCAUCGACUCGGUGCACGAUGUCGUCCCGGCGGUAAAACCGCAACUCGCUUUUUACGAGCGUUACGGUAUUCCCGGCCUUCAGGCGUACGCCCGCACGACGCAACAUGCCAAAGAAGCAGGGUUGCUGGUCAUCGCCGACGGCAAGCGUAACGACAUCGGCUCCACAGCGGGCGCCUAUGCCGAGGCGUUUCUCGGCGCUUCCGGCGACUUCACCGCCGAUGCCCUCACCGUCAACCCGUUUCUCGGACGCGACGGCAUCCAGCCGUUCAUUGACUGCGCCCAGCAGCAUGACCGCGGCGUGUUCGUGCUGGUCAAAACGUCCAAUCCGUCCGCCGGUGACCUACAGGACAUGCAGGUUGACGGGCAACCGUUAUACGAACACCUCGGACGCUUGGUGGAAAGUUGGGGCGAAAGCAGCCGCGGACACAACGGCUAUUCGAGUGUCGGCGCCGUCGUAGGCGCCACCUGGCCUGAGCAGGCGGCCCGCUUGCGUUCACUCAUGCAGCACACCUUGUUUCUGGUGCCCGGCUACGGCGCCCAGGGCGCUACUGCGGCUGACGUGGCGUGCUGCUUCGACGACCGCGGACACGGCGCCCUGAUCAACGCCUCGCGCAGCAUCAUCUUCGCUUGGUCUGCUGAGCCCUACGCAAGCCGUUAUACCGAAUCUGAUUAUGGGGCGGCAGCGCGCGAGGCUGCACAGCGCAUGGGUGAUGAGAUCCGCAAGGCCCAGGGCCGGUUGUCUGGGGCGGGAUGA